CUUAUAUAGAUAGAGAUAACAGAUAGCUUAUCUUGUAUUCGUGAAUAUAUAAACUGAAUAUUCUAAAAAGUGAGACGGUUCUUUCAAAGUCACCUGUUGAUCACGACUCUGGGAAAAUGAAUAAACUUCUGGCCUUUGCUGUUGUUCUGUCUGUGGGAGCCGUAUUGGUGUUUUCUGAGAGAUGCCACCACUACCAUGAGUGCAUGGACACACAAUGUACUGGAAAUAACACUCAUGUAGUAUGUGAGCAUGGCGCAUGUACAUGUGUCUCUCAUAUCUCUUGUGAUGAUGCAGCUGAUUGUAACGACGCUGGACAAUGCCAUCAACAUGAUACCCAUUAUCACUGCGUAGACCACAUGUGUGCCUGUCUUAGAGACGACUUUAUUGACCAUCCAGAACAUCCACCACAUCCACCACAUCCCUGAAAGCAUCUUCUUUAAUAAUUAAAGGUGAAAAAUGA